AUGGGAGCGCCCGAUCCAUGCAUUCAACCUGUGCGUGGCGCUGGCAGACCUCGGCUGGAUGGCUGGAAGUUGCUCGUGCUCCCGCACCUCCUAAAGCACGCGUCCGCGCUCCUGAAGAGCCACGCACGGGAGACGGCAGAGCUGCUCGCACUCGCAGCGCUCCAGCUGGAGAAGCGCCUCACAAAAUCACGUGUAGGUGUGGAUCGACAGCCAUAUCGUGCGCUGGGAGUACGCUGUGUGGACGUGGAGAGCGUGCUACUGCGCGAUGUGUUGGCGCUGUCUCCGUUGCUGGCAUCUCUCGCGCUGCUGUGCGUCAGGAUUGUGGACAUUGAGGGAAUGUAA